AUGGCCUUUAAAAAUUUUGCAAUUAUCUUCUGCAUUUUCGCUGUUGUGUUUGCUUAGUCACCAUACAACUACACUUAUCUCUAAUAAAUUCUUGAAAAUGAAUAAUGCAAUACUUUGAAAACUAAAUUUAGUGAGGAAUGCAAGAAAACUUCUCCUAACCAAAUUUAUCCUUGUUUACUAAAACUUAUGAGUGAAAAUCAUUGUGAUAAAAUUGCAGAGUAUGAAUAAGUACUUGAUUCUGAUAAAUAUUGCGAUUCAGUUAAAAUUGAUGGAGAAAAAGAAUGCUAAGGUAGUGAAGAUAGCUAAUGUUUAGUUAAUUACAUGAGUGUCAAUGACUGUGUAAGUCUAAUUAUUUAUAAAGAAUAUGUAUUUGACAAUGAUGAAUAUUGCAAUUCUAUUAAGUUAAGCUUAUAAGAAUCAUGCAAUAAAGAAGAAAAACCUAUCGAAUGCUACUUCUAAUACAUGAAAGUAGAUGAUUGUGUUUCUGAAAUUGAAAUUGAAAAUAAAAAAAUUUGA